ACUCACCAAUCUCUACUUUUCCUUUUGCUUUGUAUCUAGUAUCCAUUGUACCACUUGAAGAGGAAGUAGAGUCAGUUGAGUUAGAGUUGAUUGAUGAAUAUGAAGCAUGCACAUUCAGUGUUGUGCUUGGUGAAGAUAGCGAGAAGCUUGGUAAGGGUUUUGAGGUUGAAUAGAGGCGGCGGUUUGGUCUAGAUGGUGUUCUCAAGCCCGUGGGAGCUGUUUCUUGAUGCGUCAUGCUCGGGAUUGGUGGCCAGAGGCGGCUUCUCUGGCUGCCCGUUGGUGCUCCCGUGCCGCCGGACAAAGCAAAUCGGAUCCAAAUCGAUGAUUCCGGCGAGGAGGUUUCUAUUAUCUCCGUUUGUCGGCGUCACGUUGAUCGCCGUUCUUGUCUCCUUCUACUUCAGAUCUUCCCUCAAGCCUCCACAGCACCAAAGGUUGUUCUCUGUUGAAGAAUUGGCUUUGUACAAUGGCACUGAUGCAACAUUACCUAUACUCUUAGGGAUUCUUGGAUCUGUGUUUGAUGUGACGAAAGGAAAAUCUCAUUACGGUAGUGGAGGAGGUUACAACCAUUUUGCUGGAAGAGACGCUUCUCGUGCAUUUGUUUCUGGGAACUUUACAGGAGAUGGACUUACAGAUUCGUUACAUGGGUUAUCUAGCAGUGAGGUGAAGAGCAUUGUUGACUGGCGAGGUUUCUACUCCAGGACCUACACUCCUGUUGGGAAGCUUGUUGGGCGGUUCUACGAUAGCCAAGGGAAUCCAACUAAACACCUGAAAGGAGCUGAAGCAAAAGCCUCCAGAGGUGCACAACUCAUGGAGAAACAGAAGACUGAGGAAGCCAAGCAACCGAGUUGCAACUCACGAUGGAGUCAAGAUGAAGGUGGAGAGGUUUGGUGUGAUGUUGGAGUACCAAGACUGGUACAGAGACCUUUGGAGAUUGCAAUAACAGGUUCGAUGAGCAAACGUUGCGCUUGCUUUGAGGAAAACCAACUUGAUCAGUCUGGCUUGGAGAUUUAUAAAGACUGUGAGCCUCAUGCCAAGACUUGCAGGGUUUGAAUAUGAUUCACGAGACUCGUUUUAACAACUUUGCGAUAGCUAGUUCCUUCUUUGAGCCAUGUACUCUUUGUAUAAUAUAGCACAGAAUUCUUU